AUGUUGGGAAUAGAGUAUGGAAAAAGCUGCUUGAUAUGGGGAUCUCUGACUGUGGUACUCACGUUCUUACUUACAAUAUAUAUAGAGAAGCUGGGUGGGAAGCAAACGCAAAACAAGUUAGGAGUAGGAUUGAAGAAAAAGGAUGAGAAAGAAGCUCGGAUGCAGCAUAAUAGAGUACAUUUCUCAAAUCUUGUGGAUUUCUGUUCAUCAACAAUGGUUUCUUCAGCUCUUUUAACAGCCUUUUUCAAUAUCUUCUUCCUAUUCCUAUCAGGUGCAUAUUCAGCGACUUUCACCAUCACCAACUUGUGCGCCAACACAGUGUGGCCAGCAAUCUUAUCCAGCGACGGAAGCUCGCCCCUCCCCAGCACCGGUUUUUCUCUCGUACCAGGUGACUCCAAAACUCUCCCCGUGCCUCCCGCUUGGUCCGGGCGAUUGUGGGGUCGGACCCUUUGCUCCAUCGACAUCACCGGCAAGUUCUCAUGCGUUACCGGUGACUGCGGCACCUCAACUGUGGAAUGUGGCGAUGGAAACCCCACAUCACCGGUUACUCUUGUGGAGUUUGAUUUUAACGGCACCAGCCGACUCAUCUUAUACGACAUCAGCCUCGUCGACGGUUUCAACCUUCCAGUGGAUGUGGCUCCCAGGGGUAGAAACUGCUCGGCGACGGGUUGCUUGACGGACUUGAACAUGGCGUGUCCAAUGGAUCUUAAGGUGAUGAGGGAUGGAGAGGUCGUGGCUUGCAAAAGCACGUGCCAAACUGAACCAUGCUCUAGUUCACUCUUUUUCAAGACUGCAUGUUCUGCCGCUCGCGUCUAUGCUCACGAUCAUCAUAGCUUCUUCAGUUGUUCAUCUUCUCAUUACACACUCACUUUCUGUCCUACCUCCAAAAGUGGGACGAAGCCAGAGAAAAAAAAAGACCAUCCAGGCAAGAAGCCAGAGAAAAAAAAAAACCAUUCAGGCAAAAUGGUAGCAUUAUACACAGGAGGCGGCAGCAUGGCAACUGUGGUAUCUAUUAUUGGCCUUAUUCGUUUGUUCAUAAAAUUCCGAUCAGGGAUACGCUUCUCAAACAACGGAGAUUGGGAAAUCAGCUUGGGGGCAGAGACCAGAUAG